AUGGGAGCUUCAACCGUUGAUAAAAUUGUAGAUGAAACCUGUCAAAUAAUUUGGGACGAACUUGUUAUCGAAUUCAUGCCAGUCCCAAUGCUUCAAGGUGUUGCAGAUUCUGAUAAAAAAUGUAUUACUAUUGAGGUGGGAGCUAGAGGCAAACAAAGUGACGGAGGAAUAUUUGCAGCAUCCACAUUUUAUCAACUUCUAAAUACAAAUACAUUUAAUGUGCCUCCUGAUAAAGAAUUACCUGGAUCUACAAUAAAACUACCCCAUGUAUUAAUAGGUGAUGAAGCGUAUCCUUUAAAGAAUUUUCUUAUGAGACCUUUCCCUAGUCGAAAUCUCAACUACAUCAGAGAAAAUUAUAAUAAGCGCUUAUCUGCAGCCAGGAAAUGCGUAGAAUGUGCUUUUGGCAUAUUACGUGCGAAAUGGCGAAUUUUGGGAAAAGACAUUGAAGUAAGUUCCGAUAAAGCUUCACACAUUAUAAAAUGUGUUUGUAUCCUACAUAAUUUAAUUAGUGUAAAAGAUGGAGAUAGUGAUUUAGAUUACUGUCAAGAAAUGAUACGUUAA